AUGGAGCAGUCAUUUGACCUACCUGACUCCACGGACUGGCUGGACACGCCGCUAUCCCUACUUGCGCCACUUGAAUCCAGUUUACGCUGCCAGGUCUGCAAAGACUUCUUUGACAAUCCGGUAAUUACCUCGUGCAGCCAUACCUUUUGCUCCCUUUGCAUUCGCCGAUGCCUCAGUACCGAGGGGAAAUGCCCGACUUGCCGAUCCGGUGACCAGGAAUUGAAACUUCGUCGCAACUGGCUGGUACAAGAAAUUCUAGAGGCCUUUCAAACCGCACGUCAACCUACACUUGCACUGGCCAAGAAGGAGGCCGCACGUCUUGCAUCGGGAGAGGAACAAAGUCGGCAUCCCGAGCCAAAAAAAAGAAAGAUAGACCAUGGAGACCAAGUGGAGGAGGCUAUUGAGUUGGCAGAGCGCAGCUCUCAACGCAUUCGUACAAGGUCACAGCGGGUAAAAUUGGAUGUCCAGGAUAUAGCGGAAAUAGAUGAGGCACCGGAGGUUAUUGAGGAUAGCCAAGAUGAGGACUUUGCACCUGAUGACGGCAUGGUUGCUUGCCCCAUAUGUCAGCGAAGGAUGAAGCAUGAAGCUGUCUUCGCCCACCUCGAUACUUGCACUGGAAAUUCAGCACCAGCACCACCGAAGCAAUCCGCCUUUGGAUCUUUACAGUCACAACCACGCCGAGCCCCCACUUCCCCCACGAAAAUACUGGAAAGGCUACCGGCCAUAAAUUAUUCACUCUUGAAAGAUGUUCUUUUGCGCAAAAAGCUUCGUGAUCUGGGUAUUCCCAACUGGGGGAGUCGGCAGCUUUUACAGAAGCGUCACACAGAGUGGAUGAACCUAUGGAAUGCAAAUUGCGAUUCCAAGAACCCAAAAUCCAAGUCGGAUCUAUUGCGUGAGCUUGAUGUGUGGGAGCGGACGCAGGGUGGUCAUGCAGCGACACCAUCUCCUUUCGUGGCGAACAAUACGGUGAUGGCGAAAGAUUUCGAUGCAGCUCAGUGGUCUGCAAACCAUGAAACUGAUUUUAAGCGUCUCAUUGCAAAUGCUCGUAAGAAGAGUGAUGCCCAAGUAAGAUCCACCAUUCAAGGAGCUUCUGCGGACUUGGGAGCCAGUGAGUCCAGCAGCAAACAACCAAUAUCGCCAGCAGAUUUCCGCAAUGUGAAUGGAGGCCCAAUUGAAAUCAACUCAGACCCAGAUUCUCCUGUCGCCAGCAACCCGUCUAGGUGA